AGCGCCACCACUCACUUUGCAGAAAUACUAUCGUCUCACGAUUACCUUACGAUCGACCUUAGCUAAGUACUGCUCGAGUAGUACGAUGCCAGGAGGAGAUGAACCAGUUUUCGGAGGUAGGGAGGCGUUUGCAGGUGCAGGCAAGGGAGGGAAUGGUGGUGCUGCUGGGCGAGCGAUCGGAGGUAGGGGAGGGAAUGGUGUUGGGUCCAGGGGACCUGCAGCCGUGGGUGCAGGCGUAGGAGGACAGUACCAGUUCCAAGUAGGAGGUGGCGGAGCCAGGCCAGCUGCAGGCGGAGGAGCAGCCAGACGACAGUUCCCGGUGGGCGGGUACGGUGGCGGAGCCAGGCCAGUGGCAGGCGGAGGAGGGUUUGUAGGUGCGGGCGGAGGACAGUUCCCGGUGGGAGGGAGCGGUGGUGGACGCAUGGGAGCUGCAGCCGUGAGAGCGUUCGCAGGUGCCCUCGGAGGACCGAUCCCAGCAGGAUUGUUGUACGGUGGUGGAGUCCAGGGAGCUGGAGCCGUGGGAGAGUUUGGAGCGGCUAGGGGAGGAGGGUUCAGAAGGAACGCCGAUGAUAUUCUGCCCGCUGUGUUCUACCGAGGAAUUAUGCGAGGGUCGGAGAUUUGUGGCGUGGUCCGCCGGUGGAGUCCAACACUCAGGCGACCACUGGGUCUGGGACUGGCAGCAGGCCAACCUCUACUACGACGAACUCACAAUCUUUUUCUGCAGCUCAGGCGUCGAAUUCACAAUCACAAACAAGCGUGAAUUAUGACAAGACGAAUCCCUAUCGGCAGCUGCUUCAACUGCACCAGCCCAACCCUCCUCCGCAGCUGACACCACGGCGGCAACAACGGUCUGCUCGUGCUCUGGCUUCUCUAUUUUCUUUCAGAAUGCUCUACUGUAGGUUAAUUUUCUAGACGUUUAGCUUGUGCGUUGUCUAACUUUCUAUCCUGUCAUGCUGCGUGAAUUAGUUGAACAGUGACAACGAUGCCGUGAACCGGGAGCUAAAUGCAGCGCGUGGCCGACGAUAAGGACCAAGACAGGAAAGCAAUGCAAACAUGGCGCCAAGAGACUAAACAAUGUAUCUUUGUGUAUCUGUUUGAUGCGACAUUAUUUGAGUUAAUAAAAGGGGAAAAACUUAUCUUCAACCGGCUGAUGCGCGCACGAGCGUCCGCCGCUUGCCUAGCCGUUAGAUCAAUCCUGAUCAAGCAGCCACGCUGGCAACAAGGUAGUCCCGCACGACGAGUCGUUUUCUUGCAAUAAGGGUUUGUUUCAGCUGAUUUCUGCAACACAGGACUAGUUUCAGAAAGAAAGGAAAAACGAUUCAGUGGUGAAGGUUUUUUUUUUCUGCAACUGGGUCUUGUUUCAAAAGAUUUCUGCAACAUAUCUAUUGUUUCAGAAAGAAAGGAAUUGUUUCUAUUGUGAAUGUUUUUUUCUGCAACAAGGGUCUUGUUUCAGAAACAUAGCCCGAGUUGCAGCGCCGCACGAGCGCCCGACGAUAGAGAGUAAGUGGUCAGAUAUUGCAACAUGAGGCAUGUUUUGAAAACAUAGCUCUGGUUGCAAAAAACGCCGAAGAAGCGUCGGGUGUGAGAGGUCGCCGCUGUCGUGCUCGAUUGGAGCUAGCAAUUGCUCGCGGGGCUGAGAUGGAGGAGGAGCAGCAACUCCGGCCAGCACGACAAGGACUACUUCCCUGGUGCGCCGGUGGCAGCGAUUGGGCGGUGGUGGCGACUGCCACCGCGCUGGGCAAAGCUGU